AUGUCGCAAGCCCAGGAAAAGGCGCAACAAAAGCUCGCCGAGUCAGUAUCCUCGGUUCCGCAGAGCACCGCAGCCCAGCAAAGCGACAAUGUUGCGCACGCGCUGGCUGGUGCUGGAGGAGGACUGCUGUCCAUGGCCCUGACCUACCCCCUCAUCACGCUCUCCACACGCGCGCAAGUCGAAUCGAAGCGCGCGCAGUCAUCCACCCUCAACGCGGCGCGCCGCAUCAUAAAGCGCGAGGGCGUGACCGGGCUAUACGCGGGGCUGGACUCGGCGCUCUUCGGCAUCAGCGUCACCAACUUCGUAUACUACUACUGGUACGAAUGGACCCGCGCGUGGUUCGAAAAAGCCGCGCUCAAAGCCGGCCGCGCGUCGAUGAAGCUCACCACCGUCGAGUCGAUGCUCGCAGGCGCGCUUGCCGGCAGCGCGACGGUGCUGAUAACAAACCCCAUCUGGGUCGUCAACACGCGCAUGACCACGCGCAAGAACGAUUCCGAGGAGCAGGUUCUGCCUGGAGCGAAGCCGGUUAAGGCGCCGUCUACGCUUGGCACCCUCCUUGCGCUCAUCCGCGAUGAGGGUCCAACUCGCCUGUUCUCGGGCGUCAUGCCGGCGCUGGUGCUGGUUAUCAAUCCAAUUCUGCAGUACACGUUUUUCGAGCAGAUGAAGCAGUUUUUGGAGAAGAAGAGGCGGGUCACGCCGAAAGAUGCGUUUUACCUCGGUGCGAUGGGCAAGUUGCUUGCGACGAGCAUCACAUAUCCAUACAUCACCGUCAAGUCGAGGAUGCAUGUUGCUGGCCGCGAUGGACCGAGGGAGGAUAUGUUGACUACUUUCCGGAGGAUUAUUCGUGAGGAGGGAUAUACCGGACUUUACGGAGGUAUUGGACCAAAGGUCACCCAGAGCGUCAUCACUGCCGCUUUCUUGUUCGCGUUUAAGGACGUCUUGUACUCGUACACCGUCGCCGCACGCAAGAAGAUCGCCGCCAGGUAG